CUGUUUCUACUUAAUGAAACACACACACACACACACACACACAGAGAGAGAGAGAGAGAGAGAGAGAGACAGCUGUGAUGGCUGAGUCUCGGAGGGUUCAGUUGACCACGUUGUCCAGUGAUUAUGUGCCUUCAUCCUCUGACAAACCUGCCCCGGACCAGAAGCCUCCCUCAGGUGAGCUGCAGGAGAAGGACGACGGUCCAGCCGGAGCCACCGACACCGACACAGUCCGGCUGCAGCUCACCUUGUUCGAGCCCGAUGAGAGCAGCUUUCCGGAGUUCAGCUACAUCCAGCUGGUUGACAACAAGACCAACCACAAAAAAGAGAAAGCCCCACUGAGCAGAUUUGAAAAGGAAGAAAAGCGGGAGGACGAUGAAGUCACUGCUAUUUCAAGGAAGUUGGAAGAAAAAUAUGGUGAUAAACCAAAGAAGAAGAAGAAGAAGGAGGACCGCAUUCAGGACUUGAUUGAUAUUGGAUUCGGUUAUGAUGACGAAGAUUCUUUCAUUGACAACUCUGAGGCUGAGCUGUAAGGUCUUAUAUAGACAGGUUACGACGAGUUUGUGCCGGCCUCCAUCACAACCAGCUUUGGUGGAUUCUAUGUAAAUUCGGGCGUGCUUCACUUCCGCCAGGCUUCUGAGACCGAGGACCUCGCCACAGAGGAGGAAACAAUUGAGCCCUCAAAAAAACGUAAAGUCAAUGGAGGACUGGAUAAGCCAAAGAAGAAGCGCUGCAGAGAAGGUGGUGCGAUCAUAAGAAAUGUGGAUCCCAAGUCAAGCACUUUCUCUGAAAUCGGACCGGACGACGAGAUGAAGAAGAAAAAGAAGAAAAAGCCUGCGGGCCCUUUGAGCGUCACCAGCAUGUUGAAGAAGUUUCAAAGGGAGAAGGAGAAGGAGCGACAGAAGAUGGAGAAAGGGAAUCGGAGGAGUUCUCCCAUCAUGGGUGCUAUGACCAUCCCUCUGUGUCCGGCGGAUGCAGGCGGAGGCGGAGGGUCCGGACUGACCGACCCGCUCCUCAGUUUAAUCGGCUCAACCAAUGACCACACUCUCAUCCAAGCAGCCAACGCAGUGGACUUCGAUACCGAUUUAGAUUCUUUAUUAGAAGUCACUGAACAGAUGUCGUCACCAAAGAAGGUUCCUCAACCUGACCUGCAGCUUUACAGACCCAAAGCUGACGUUCCGACCCAGCCCGAUGGUGCCGCCCCUCAAGUCCAACCUCCAAACGCAGAGACUAACUUGCAGCUGAAACCUCAAUCGGAGCAAAUCCAGCUCUCUACCCAGACCAGCUCUACCUCACCUCAUCAGUGUGUCCCGCUGCCGGAGGGGCUUCCACCGAGACUGGAGGACAGCAUUCGAAAACUCAUGGCGGUUGCCAAGACCUCAGAGGGAGAGUCGAAGCUCAAGUUCUUCACUCCAGAAAUCAACUCGAUCCUACUAGAUAUCGAGGUGCAGUGUCGGGAGCAGGGCGUCCAGCUGCGCUCCAAGGUGUACACGCACCUGUCCUCUUUCCUGCCCUGCAGCAGAGACACGCUCCUCAAACGCGUGAAGAAGCUGUUUCUCGCACACGUGGAGGAGCCCCCCGAUGUGGACGAUCUCAUGCAGAAACUUAAGGAGGCCAUCAGCAGAGCUAUGCCCGAACAGAUGGCGUCCUUCAACGAAAUCUGCGAAGUUUAUGAGCAAGUCAAGACUUCAAAGGCAACAGAGGAGGAGAAAGAAGGCAAGCAGAAGGUGAAUGUUGGCCCAGAGGACAAUGUGGAGGAGAAAGGAGGGAGAAGAGGAGGAGGAGGGCCUAAGAAGUCCUUCAAAUGGAACGAAGAGAUCAGGGAGAGCUUGUGUGAGGUGUUACGGGUGAGAAUGGAGAGAUAUAAAAAGGAAGGGAAAGGGAGUCUGGAGAUGGAGCACCACCUGAAGACCUUUUUAGACAAUGAGGUCCAACCGCUCUGGCCAAAGGGGUGGAUGCAAUCCAGGGUGCUGAUGAGGGAGAGCAGGAAAAUGUUGAGCCUCUUUACGUCAUUACCAGUAAAGAGGGCCCGUUCUGAGAAGAAACAGCCGUCUGUCGGCGGCCCUCCUGCUCCGUCAGACGGCUGCAGUGUCCUCCAGGGGCCUCCACCACUGAAAGGUCUCACCGACGAGACCGACGACGUCAUUAUCGUGAGCUCAAACAUCAACGAUUCCACGCCGCUUGUCACUGAGAAGAAGGAGGUCCCUGUCCUGAUCAAGGUUGAAGGUAAAACAGGCGAGGUGGCAGUAGAUGCUGGUUCUUCCGCACCUUCAGAGGCUUUCAAACCUCCGGUCAACGCCACAUCUGCUCCGACUCAGUCUCUUCUGGGUCUCCUCGCCGACCAAGCGCUGGCUCGUGGGCAGCCUCUCCCGGUAUCUCAGGAGCUCCUCGCAGCAGCUAUCGCGAAAUACAAACGUUCGGUUCAGACCUGGAGCAUAGGGAUGGACACCAAAAGUCCUCCUCUUCCUCCUCCUGCUCCUCAGUCCAGCCCGGUCGGGUUUCCGCUGAGUGGGAUGUGUCAUGUUUUCCCCCAGCUGCUGCAGGUUGGAGACUUUGCCAGGCACAUGGAUGCAAGCCAUGUGCAGAUCAUCUCUGAUGAUGAUGACAUUACUAUACAAUGACAGUACGGAUUAACGCACGUUUCCUUGGCGAUGGACUGGACACAUGAUGGGAUUCUAACAAACACAAGAGUUGCGAUACCAAAGUCAGCAGUGGAAACGAGCCAUCAGCAAAAGUCAAUAAGCUAAUAUUAAUGAGCUAAUAUUAAUAUGUCAAGUUGUGUUUCUCAGCUGAAGAUGUGUCGUCAUGUUCUUCCUGUAAUCCCUUUGUUUUUGUGAAUGAUUUACUUUGAAUAAAUAAAUAAAUAUU